AUGGCAGAGAGCACGAGAUUUAGGACUUUGGAAGAUCAGCUCAAGAAGCAGGAGCAUCGACUUCAGGAAUUGAUGGAAUCCAUGGUGGCGGUGCGGAGUGCCGGCGCUGAGGAGUGGCGGCAGAAAUUCCAGUCAGAAGUAGAGCAAAACAAUGCGAAAUUGGAAGCAAUAGCGGGGAGCAUGGAUCAGAAGUUCAACAAGAUGGAACAAAGGUUCAGCUCAGUGUUGAAGUUACUGAUGAAGGAGAAAGGUUUGACCGACAUGGAUGGGAGCGUAGCUGAGCCAAUCUUACCCACACCACCUGCUCAUUUGCGAUUGACAACUUCCACCGAAGGACCGGGGAUUUCGCAGGAAUACAGAGGUAGGCAAUUUACCCCUAAUGUACCUCGCUUGGAAUUACCAAUGUUCAAUUCUGGAAAUCCUAGGGAGUGGGUGCGAAAAUGUCAAAAGUACUUUCUGAAUUAUCAGAUCGCCGAGAAUCAUAAGGUAGAUGUAGCAGAGAUGUUUUUGGAGGGAAAGGCUGACAACUGGUUUCAGGGAGUGAAAUUAGUGAAGCCUGGGAUACUAUGGGGAGAGUUCAGUGAACUAUUAUGUGAGAGGUUUUCAGGAGGUAGUUCACGUGACAUUGUCGAAGAGUUCAACAAGUUGCAACAGAGAGGUUCAGUGGAGGAAUAUGAAGAAAAGUUUGAGGAGCUGAAGACACUAAUGUUGAUGAAGAACCCCAGGCUAGAUGAACUCUACUUUGUUUCUAGCUUCAUUAGUGGUCUCAAAGAGGAUAUCAAACCUAUGGUAAAGAUGUUUAAGCCUCAGACUCUGAUGAAGGCAUUUGAGGUUGCUGAACUGCAGGAAUCCUCCAUAGAAAUUCAGUCCAAGCAAAAUAAAACUGCAGGAAGAGUUGCGGUGGAAUCUAGAUUUGGAAUGUAUAAGAAUGCGGCGAACAACCAGCCUCGUCAAAACUCCUACAAGUUGCCUGCUGUUAUUCCUAGUCCUCAGAAGACAGAUUCUGUACACAGAGAGUUCAACAAACUCUCUGCUGAGGAAUUGCAGUUUAGGCGUAAGAACAGCUUGUGUUAUAGGUGUGGGGAAAAAUUCGGAAUAGGACAUCAGUGUAAGAAGGGCAAUCUAAACUACCUAGGCACGGAUGAAGAGGAGGACAAUGAGUUUGAAGAUGCGGAAGGGGAACAAGAUGAACUCACAGGACGGACGGGCGAGUUGGCAGAAGUAUCCCUCAAUGCUCUCUCCGGGGCUAUAAAGAGGAAGUCUAUCAUGUUGAUGGGCAGUCUGGGAGGGCUUCCAGUUAAAAUUUUAGUGGACACAGGAAGCUCUGAUAGCUUCAUCAACCACAGGGUAGUCAAUUUGUUGCAACUGCCAUAUCAAACGGUUGAUCCCUUUAUUGUGACCUUGGCUGAUGGCACUGACAUAACUAGUGGAGCUAUGAGUCCCAAGGUCACUUGGUUGAUCCAGGAAUACAGAUUCCAAUUUGACUUGAAGAUCAUGGAAUUAGGAGGGUGGGACAUUAUUUUGGGAGUCGAUUGGAUGUGCCAGUUCAGCCCCAUCACAUUUGACUUUCACUCCCUCAGCAUUGCUCUUAGUGCAGAGGGAAGUUUGCUGCAUCUACAAGGUUUUAUCAAUCAGCCUGCAAUGGGACUAGUGAGGGGCAAGGACCUCAGAUCCUUCAUACAGGAGAAACAGAGGUGCUGUGCAGCCUGGCGAACAGACGUAACGAAGGAGCCGGAGGAACCACUGCCUGAGCUUAUAGAAGGGGUUUUACAUCAGCACUCUCAGGUGUUCACAACUCCAGUAGGCUUGCCCCCAGAGAGAGAGCUCGAUCACCAGAUCAACCUUAAACCAGGGGCCGAGCCCUUCAAACUCAAGCCUUACAGGUACCCUCACUCCCACAAAACUGAGAUUGAAAGGCAGGUUGCUGAGAUGCUGACCAAUGGAAUUAUUACCCAUAGCACCAGUCAUUUUGCUUCCCCUGUGUUGCUAGUAAAAAAAAAAGAUAAUACUUGA